AAGAGAAGAACCGACCGGCUCGCGAUAUAUGUACCCGGUUGCCAUCGGCCGGCGACUCUCCGCCCUUCUCUUUCUUGUCGAGGCUCGGGGUUUGGUACUUCACCGUCGACAGCGUUCGCAGAGCGAGCGAGAGAGAGAGAUUCGAUGAAUUGUCAUGUUUCUAUCAGCUCGAGGUGCUAAGGAGAGAGGAGAUAAGUCCAGUGCUAGCACAACUCAUGCGAAAAUGUCAUUAUUAAGGCCGUAAGGCAUGCUUAGGCAAGCGCCUUUUUUGAAGGCCCUAAUUUGUAAGGGUUAUUGAGCUCAUGACAUUCUUGAAUAUGAGUUCUGGAUACAGUUGCGUGAACCUGUAAAUAACUGUAAGUAAGCAGGCUUAGUGGAGACAGGCUUUUUUAGAAGCGUUAGAUUUUGGUUGCAGUUUUCUUUUGUGAAUAGAAAUGGAAGCUAUGAACGCAAAGGCGUUGGGUAGUGCUGGAGUUCCUCGUAACAAAAUCAAGAGGAAAAAGUUCCCAUCCGAUCCAAAUUUCAGUGGUGAUCAUGCACGGGUUAAUCAAUAUGAUGGCGAACAUUCACGGCUCACUUGUUGCAAUUUGAUUAAUGCUGGCUCUGUUCCAACUGGAAAGCUUACUGUUAAGAAGUACCACAACUUCAUAAAAAGUGGCUUGCCCAAUCGGUUGCUGUUUUACCAUGACAGUGAAUGGAUAGAUUUUGGUGCAGAUAUUGUUGGUCUGGUCCGCGAUGACUUCCAAGCAAAGAGGGCCAUUAUUGAGGUAACUUAUCAGGACCAACAGUUUUUACUGGACUUUGUGCGCAUGCUUCAUAUUGAUGCAAUGACAGGUCUCAGCAAGCCAGUUGCAUGGAUUGAUGAGCAUGGAAAAUGCUUCUUUCCAGAAAAAUUCCCUGAAUAUUGCGACUCCCAUGGAUUCCUCAUGGGAGAAAAUGUUCGCGUUGCUUGUGUGCUAGACAGGACACAAGAAGUGGAUUCCCAUAUUGAAACCAUUGAUAGUGCUGCUGAAAGCUCAAAUUCAGAAUGCGCCAAGGUUAAGCAACAACAGGUUAAGAGUGGAAAGCUUUUUUCAGACAAUGAGGGCAUGGCCAUGGUGAGUGAAGCAGUGGGUGAAAAUGAACUAUGCUCUCUUAUCCCAUACAAGGUAUCUUGUUUUGGAACAAUGGAGGAAAAAAAUGCGAUUGGAGCAGACAACUGUCAGCUUGUUUCUAGUCCUGUCCAGAAAUUUUUUCUUUCUGGAAUGUAUCCUUAUGUUGAUGCCAAGGACAUAGUUAGGAUCCUAAGAACUCCGAUAAUAGAUGAUUUUGGAGACAUCCGCUUUCAUAGUUUUCAAAAGCAGAUUGAGAUGACGAAGAGCCUUCGUAGUAAUGCCAAUGUGCGCUAUGCAUGGCUGGCUGCAACCAAGUCUUCUGUAGAAGACAUAAUGUUGCAUGGAGUUAUGAGGGCAGAAAAGCCAGUGCGUGGUAGUACAUAUGGCCUUGGUGUUCAUCUUGCACCUGCAAACUGCCCCAUUAUCUGUGCCACCUAUUCAGAUGUGGAUGAAAAUGGAAUAUCUUAUAUGAUGCUAUGUCGUGUCAUCAUGGGCAAUGUGGAACUCGUCUGCCCUGGAUCUAAACAGUUUCAGCCUAGCAAUGAUAAUUUUGACAGUGGUGUGGAUGAUUUUCAAGCACCAAAACAUUAUGUUAUUUGGGACACGAAUAUGCAUAGUCACAUCUACCCCGAGUAUGUUUUGGCUUUUAAGCUUGGCUCUGAAGCCAGAGAGCAUCUUUUUGGGAAAGAAAAUGUAUCUAAUGAAUCCGGAGUAACAAAUGGUACUUCUUCGCCUGCUCCACUUCUGAAGGAAGAAAAUGGUGAUCCACCUGUCAUUACAGCUGGGAAACCCCAGGGUAACGCUCAGGCAUUUGGCAGAGUUCCGAAGCCAACAUCUCCAUGGAUGCCCUUUUCCAUGUUGUUUGCUGCGAUUUCAACCAAAGUUUCUUCCAAGGAUAUGGAUCUUGUUAAUACACAUUAUGAAGAAUUCAAGAAAAGAAAAAUAAAUAGGCUUGAACUUGUUAAGAAGUUGAGGCAGAUCAUUGGAGACAAGCUUCUUAUAUCUACUAUAAUGAGGCUUCAACAGAAGCUUCCUCCCACGGCGAUACAGGAACUCUCAUUUCCAACCAGCAAGAAGCUCCAAACAAAGCCUUGAGCGAAAGUUGUAGGCUUUGCACAAAGGUUAGGAUGUUUGAAGUUUUAGGGUGGAUUAGCACUUGUCUGACUUUUCUAUACUCCAGAAGAAUUUCUGGGAUCCGUCGAAAUGAAUAAAUACACCUUUGUGAAUCUUUUGACAUGUCUUUUGUGAUUUGCUUUGAUUAUGGUGCUUAGUGACAGGCAGCUGUGUUGUUUGCCAUUACCCCUUUCAUCUGCGCCUUAUUUCACUUCUGUUACCA